CAAGUUUUCUACUCAUCAUUUGCAAUUGAUACGAUCCAGCGCCUUUCAUUCUUCUUCCUCUCUUCCUCCUGAACCUCUGAAACUUCUUCUUCUUCUUCUUCUUCUUCUUUGUAUUUCUUCGUUUAACGGCAAUGGGGGUGGGGCGCCAAGUCCCAAUUUCGCUCGACGGAGUGAGGGAUAAGAACUUGAUGCAGCUCAAGAAGCUCAAUACAGCCCUUUUCCCUGUUCGCUAUAACGAAAAGUACUACGCCGACGUCCUUGCUUCUGGCGAGUUCACUAAGCUAGCAUACUACAGUGAUAUAUGUGUUGGCUCCAUUGCAUGUCGCCUUGAGAAGAAAGAACAUGGAUCUGUACGUGUCUACAUCAUGACCCUGGGUGUUCUAGCACCCUACCGUGGUCUAGGCAUCGGCAGUAGACUGUUAAAUCAUGUUCUUGAUCUCUGCUCAAAGCAAAACAUUGCUGAAAUCUAUUUGCAUGUCCAGACGAAUAACGAUGACGCUAUCAAUUUCUAUAAGAAAUUUGGGUUUGAGAUUACAGAAACCAUUCAGAACUAUUACGCAAACAUUACCCCGCCAGAUUGCUAUGUUCUUACCAAGUUAAUCACUCAAACUCAGACCAAGAAGUAACCUUUCAACUUCGAGUUCAUUCCUGAGUUGUCUCCUUCAAAAUUGUUUUGAACAAGCUAUGUUAUGGGAGUUAAAGAGCUUUUGACAUACAAAUUUAGUUAUAUAAAUUUAGUUAGUCAAUUGGGGUCUGGAUGGAUUUUUGAUAAUCAAUGUCAUGGAAGUUAGAGGGCUUUUGACAUACAAAUUUUGUCCCGUCUCUUAAAUUGAGUAAAUCUUUCUGUGUGCUUCUUGAGGAUCUUUAGAACAAUCUAUUUAUUGCCUUUUCAAUUAUGGUCUA